GUUGGCUGGGGCGGAACGUGCCUGCUCGCAAUCGCCGUCGGGGAGGAGUACGUGGCGGCCGCGAGGGAGGCUGGCACGACCAAGAGGGCCUACGCCAGGAAGCACGGCUACCGCAACCUGUUCUUCUAUCUGGCAGCCUGCGGUAGGCCCCGCCGCCCAGUCCUUGCGUCGGCGCGGACACCAUCUCGCGAUUUUCGGCGUUGUCGUCCUUUUCCUUGCUUUCUUCGUCGUUUCGUCGUUUCGUCGUUUUCUUCGUCGUUGCGUCGUUUCGUCGCUGUUCUCGCGAUCUUCGGCGCCGGUUUUCGUCGUUCUCGUCGUUGGGCGCGCCGGCGUGUUUCUCGGUGG